AUGCUGAAGUGGGUUUUGUGGUACGUGAUGUUAUUAGUGUGCUGGAUAUCAAACAUAGCAGCAGCACCACCGGCAGAUGCAAAUAUAUCUGGUAAUUGCCCUCAAACAUGUGGGAAUGUUCUUGUUCCAUACCCAUUUGGGUUCAGGGACACAUCUGCUGCUCAGGCUGCUAAUAAGCCAACAUGUGCCAUGAACGAUGCCUUCAUGUUCACCUGCAAUUCCACGUACAGUCCUCCUCGACUGUAUUUUGACACUGGAAUGCGUAUUGAAAAUUUAUCGGUACAGGAAGGAACCAUCUCUGUCAGAACGAAUGAAGCUUUCGAUUGCUACAACAAAUCAGGGAAGGCCAGAAGUUCUGACCAGAUCAUAAGGUUGAGAGAAGGCCCAUUCAGGUUCUCUGAUACCCGCAACAAGUUCACAGCUGUUGGAUGUGAUACCUUAGCCUUCAUGACAGAUGCAGAGGGGACCUUUCUUAGUGGUUGCUUCUCUAUAUGCCUUGAGAACAACACAAUGCUAGAGGGUUCUUGCUCAGGUAUUGGUUGCUGCCAGACUGCUUUGCCAAAGGGUCUCAAGACCUUAAACGUAAGUGUUACAAGUGUAAACAAUCAUAGCAAUGUUUUGAGCUUCAAUCCAUGUGGGUUUGCGUUUUUAGCCGACCAGAGGUCCUUCAAGGUCUCAGAUUUGCGACUCUCUGAUUACCCAUAUUCAAAUUUAACAAAGGAUUAUGCAACUUCAGAUUUUGUGAUUGAAUGGGUAGUAAGAGAGGAGACAUGUGAAGCAGCCCAAUUAAGUUCAGACGGAUAUGCUUGUGGCAAUAAUACUCACUGUACCUUUUCUCCUAAUGGCAAAGGAUAUCGAUGCUUAUGCAAAGCAGGAUUCACAGGAAAUCCUUAUCUGCCGCAAGGAUGCCAAGACAUCGAUGAGUGCAUGGAACCACAAAAAUAUCCGUGCAAAGGUUCUUGCAAGAAUACAAUUGGGAAUUACACAUGCAGAUGCCCACUUGGGAUGCAUGGUGAUGGCAAAAGUGGUUGUCAGGGAUUUCGCAUCACAACCAUUGCCACAGUUCUUGGAGCAGUCAUGUUCGUUUCAAUUAUCAGUGUUUUGAUUCUGAUCAUAUGGAAGAAGCGAAUAAAAGAGAAGAACUUUUUAGAAAAUGGAGGUAAAUUAUUAAAGCACCAACGAGUCAGAGUCUUUACUGAAGCAGAGCUAGCAAAAGCUACAAAAAAUUACGUUACAAGUCAGUUGCUCGGGGAAGGUGGUUUCGGGUCUGUUUACAAAGGAGUUUUAGCAGAUAACACACAAAUUGCAGUAAAAAGACCAAAAGACAUGGACAAAACUCAACUAAAUCAAGAGUUUCAACAUGAAAUUGCCAUUGUUUCACAAGUUAACCAUAAAAAUGUAGUCAAGAUCUUAGGCCUGUGUUUGGAGACCACAAUUCCAUUGUUAGUUUAUGAGUUCAUUUCAAAUGGAAGUCUAUAUCAACAUAUCCAUCAAAAGAAGUCUCAAAUACUAGCAAACUGGAGAAAUCGUAUGAAAAUUGCUGCAGAGACUGCGCUGGCACUUGACUACUUGCAUUCUCUAGCAAACCCUCCAAUUGUUCAUGGAGAUAUCAAGUCUGCGAACAUUCUCCUGGAUGAUCAGUACACUGUGAAGGUAGCUGAUUUUGGUGCUUCAAUGAUAAUUUCUCCAAAUCAAUCUAAUAUGGUCACAAAAAUACAGGGGACUUUUGGCUACUUAGAUCCGGAGUAUCUUAUGACAGGUAAUUUGACAGAAAAAAGUGAUGUAUAUAGUUUUGGGGUUGUUCUUGUUGAGCUCUUAUCAGGAGUGAAGCCAAACUCUAAUCUAGUCAUGAGAUCAGAGGAAAAGACUAACAUCAUUCAAGAAUUUCUCUCAUCUCUGGAAAAUAAGAAUCUCUCUGAAAUACUUUGUUUCAAUGUAACUGAUGAAGAAAUGGAAGAGAUUGGAGUUUUUGCAGAGCUUGCAAAACGGUGCUUGAGCAAUAGUGGGGUGAAUAGGCCAACCAUGAAAGAUGUAACCGAAGAGCUUGGCAGGUUGAUGAAGUUGCAUCAGAGUUUAUGGGCUCAGCAAAACAGUAAAGAGACUGAGAACUUACUGGGUGAUGAUUCAUCAUCUUACCUUCCCAUUGAAAUUGAAACAACAAAGAUGAAGCAACCUGACACGUACACCCUUAAUAUGACAACAUUUGACUUUUGA